CCCAAACACUCUCAGCCGGUGCUUGCAUGCAAAGUGAUUGCUUCCAGGACAGGAGGUUAUCGGGUCUGUUUCGCUGCCGCGUGGUUGGUGCAGGCCCAUCUGCACGUCACAUGGACGGGGAUCAAUGCGAACGAACUGCAGAGCCGCCUAUCAGAGCUGUUCAUCAUGGAGGCCAUGCUCAGGAAGGAGCUCAAGGCGUGGCAGAAAGACUUUAAAUCCAGGAAUGGAAGAGACCCGACACGCUCGGACAUGCAGCAGCAUCCGUCCAUCGCCUCGACCUACGAUACCUGGCACGCCAUCCAAAAGGCAAAUGCUGAGCAGGGGGUCGGCGGCUCUUCUUCAUCGCGGUCGGCUGAAAAAGACGGAAGAGACCGCCAUUGCAGCAGGAAGAGUCAGAGUUAUGCCGACGCCGAGGAAAGUGAGCCGGGUGAAACAUCGUCACGGGGCUCGAAGGAAGCGCAGCAUGCGCAACAUGGAUCGAUGGGACCCCUGGUGACGCCGAAGAAGCAGCGCGUCUUCGCCAACCUUUUCUUGACACCAACAAAGAAAGCCAGCGGUGGCGAUGGUAAGAGCGCUAACGAAGGGAAAGGCAAGCAACGGACGAGCAACCCUUUCAAGACCCCAGUCAAGGACGCAAAGUCCUCGAGCCAGAGGCUCAAGCAACCGGCGAACGGCAAGGCGUACCGCUCGCCAGAACAGCUUCCCCUGCUUUCUCCAGUCAGAGCACGCACUCGCCACGGCCGCCUGACAGCAUUCUCCCACGCCGACGAGGACGAUGAGACGGACAUGGCGGAUUGGGACAAGAGCGCCACAGGCGGCUUCACACUCCCUACGCCGAGACGGCCGCAAGCGGAGCAGCAUGCGUUCGUGCAAGAGCAUCUGAAGGCUCCGAUAGCUACUCAAGGGACGCCUCGGAACAAGUCGAACGGUGCGGUGUCGCAAGCAAAGACGCCUACUUCCUCAGCAAGGGGCGCGAAGGACAAAGAGUUCGUCUACGUUUCUCCUCACUAUGUCUCGACGCCUUCGAAGCUCAAGCAGCUGGUCCUGCCGCAAUACGGAGGCGCAAUGGAGCAAGGCACCCCGUCACGCAAGGAUGCCGCAGAUGCGCACCCACACCGUGAGCAGAUCGACACGCUGCUGCGUGACUAUACGCCGCGCACGCGGGCGCGCAAGCGGUUGCGAGGCGAGGACCUUCCUAGGACCCCGGCGCAGAAGCGCCGGCGCAACCUCCCGCGUGCGGACACUCUCUUUGCGGCGGUGUGUGCACAAUCCGCGCCAAUGUCGGCAAAUACGGCGAAUGGGAUCAGCAUCGGGAGGAAAGGAGCCCCGCGCGCAGCGGAAUUGUUCAACAGCGUAUUGCUUCGCCCCGGAGGGAGUGGUACGCAUGGAAACGGGGGGAGCACGUGGCGAAAGAGUCUAAGCGACGCGGGUGUACAGCGUCGCCGCGCUCCCCUCGGCAGGGCGAACGGGGUCGAGGAGGACGACGAAGACGAUGAAGCUGAGCUCGGUGCGACCCCGCCUUGGAAGGGAAAACUCACGCUAUCGCAGUCCGACGCAGCACCGUACAAGCCCCUGUUCGUGGUCAAUCAUCCUGCGCAGGCUGAGUCGCCGUCGAAAGGCAGGGCUCUGCGACGAGCUCCCAACGGGCAGGCUGCCAGCAGCGAUGAAGAUGGCGAUGGUACAGACAGCUUUGAUGCAGGCUUAAUGGAUUGGGAGAAUGACGAAGAUUUGUGGACGCUUGGCCCGUCGCAGUCGCAAUUGCAGUCGCAGACACGAAAAGGGCAAAGCGAAGACGCGACAUGGAAACAAGUGAAGGAAGUGGAGCUGUCCGACACUGACGAGGUGAGCGAGGUGAGCGCAAGAGGGAGCACCAUACACAAACAGGGCUGGAACAGCGACGACGUCGACAUGGCCAAGCCAAGCGCAAGGAAGAUCAAGAUCACGUUGGAACGAUACCUACCGUACGGCCCGGCGCAGGGCGGUACGGCUCACGCUCCGGAAGAGCAUGGCGUGGAUGUGGACUGGGACGAAGGAUUGGCACUGCACGUGUUCAAGCUGCGACCAACGCACGAGGAUCUCGCACAAGGCCAAGAUCCAGCAGGUAAUUUGCAGCAACUAACCAACGAGGGACAGGAUACGGCCGGUGGUGCCCGUGCCGACGCAGCUCUGGCCAGUCCACAUCAGCAGAUGCUCGCCAGGCUGAGUUUGCAUUCCCCACGCGCUUCGGCUCUGCGUUCCAAACGACGGGCGACAGUACAAGCGUGUCUGCAGAAUCUGCUCGCCGCACCUAGCAUGGAAGAAGUGGAGCGUGCGUUGGAGUUGCACCUACAAGAACAGGAUGGAGGCAAAGACGACCUCACAGAGCCAACUUCCGCUCCGGGCGCAGGGCCACACGGUGCGUCAGUGAGUGGCGGUUCAGGCAAAGGCAAGAUGACGUGGGGUGCAGCCAAAGCACGUGAGAGGCCGGCAGAUCAAAAGGGCAAGCAGAAAGGAAAAGCGAAGGGCAAGGACGUCUCGCAAGCUGAGCCUGCAGCACCUCAAUCCAAGCCCGGCAUCGAAGCGCGCGUCUUUAGGAGAGCAGGCCGCGCUGGCCUUGCGGACGACGAAGAUUUUAGCCCGAGCAAGCGCGCUGCGUCUCGCUGGACCGAAGGCGCGGGUGGCGACGAGGACAGCGCCCAGUGGCUGCAGAGCGAUGAUGACUGGGCCAGCGAGGUGGACGAAGAGGAGCAUGGUCUCGGGGAUGGCAUGAUGGAAUUCUCUGAUGUUCUAUAAAGUCCUGCAACGCAUACAAGAUGCU